AUGGUGACAAGGGUGACAACGGCAACAACAGUGACAAAAUUCACAACGGUCACAACAGUGGGAACGGUGAAAACAGUAAGAACUGUCAAAACGGCGACAAUGAUGACACCGGUAACAACCAUGACAACAGUGACUACAAUGACUACAGUGAGAACAGUAACAAUGGUGACAACAGUGACAAGGUUGACACCAAUGACAACAUUGACAAUGGUGAGAACCUUGACAACAGUGACAACGGUGACAACAGUGACAUUAGUGACAAUGGUGACAACAAUGAAAAAAGUGACAACAGUGACAACGGUGACAACAGUCACAACAGUGACAACAAUAAGAACGGUGACAACAGUGACAAAAGUGACAACAGUGAUAACAGUGACAAUGGUGACAACGGUGAAAACAGUGACAACAAUGAAAACAGUGACAACGGUUACAAAAGCGACAACAGUGAAAACAGUGACAAUGGUGAACACUGUGACAACAGUGACAACGGUGACAACAGUAAACACAGUGACAACAGUGAGAACGGUGACAACAGUGACAACGCUGAAAAAAGUGACAACAGUGAGAUCAGAGAACACUUUGACACUAGUGACAAAAGUGACAACGGUGAAAACAGUGACAACAGUGACCACGGAGACAACUGUGACAACAGCAAAAACAGUCAGAACGGUGACAACACUGACAACUGUGACAACAGUGAAACAGCGAGAACGAUGACAAGAAUGACAACACUGACAACACUGACAAACACUGACAACGGCGACAACUGUGACAACAGUGACAAAAGUGAAAGAGGGGACAAUGGUGACAACGGUGACAACAGUGACAACAGUGAAAACGGUGACAACAGUGACGAAGGUGACAACUGUGACAACAGUGACAACAGUGAAACCGGUGAAAAUAGUGAAAAAGGUGACAACUGUGACAACAGUGACAACAGUGACAGCAGCGACAACGGUGACAACGGUGACAACAGUGACAACGGAGAAAACAGGAACAAAAGUAAGAACAGUCACAAAGUUGGAAACAGUAAAAACAAUGACAACAGUGACAACUGUGACAACAGUAACAAUACUGACAAUGAUUAAAAAAGUGACAACGCUGACAACAAUGAAAACAGUGACAACAGUGACCAAGAUGGCAACAGUGAAAACAGUGACAACAGUGACAACUGUCAACGGUGACCACAAUGACAACAGUGACAACGGUGUUAACGGUGACAACAGUGACAACGGUGACAACUGUGACAACAGUCACAACAGCGAGAACAGUGACAGCAGGGAAAACAGUGACAACGGUGACAAUAGUGACAACAGUGAUAACGGUGACAAUGUUGACAACAGCUACGACAGUGACAACAGUGAGAAACGUGAAAAUGGAGACAACGGUGACAACAGUAAGAACACUGAAAAACAAUGAGAACAGUGACAACAGUGACAACAGUGACAAUGGUGACAACGGUGACAACAGUGACAACAGUGACAACAGUGACAACAGUGACAACGGAGACAACGGUGACAUCGGCCACAACAGUGCCAACACUGACAUCCGCAACAACAGUGACACUGGUGAAACCAGUGACAACGGUGACAACAGCGACAAGAGUGACAAGGGUGAGAACGGUGACAACGGUUACAACAGCAACAACGAUGGCAAUGGUGACAACUGUGACAACAGUGACAACAGUGAAAACGGUGACAGCAGUGACAACGGCGACAACUGUGAAAACAGUGACAACAGUGACAACGGUGACAACAGUGACAACAGUGAUAACGGUGACAGUGUUGACAACAGUUAAAACAGUGGCAACAGUGAGAACGGUGAUAACAGAGACAACGGUAACAACAGUGAGAACAGUGACAACAGUAAAAAGGUGA